GCAAUGUGGCUGCAGUUGUUCUCGCUCCUGCUGGCCUCGGCGCCCCUCUCCUCUGCAGGCCCAGUCUCGGACCCCGGCGCCCCAGAGACAUCUUCAGGCCUCCAGAGCCUCCAGAGCCUCCUUCAGGCCUUCACGAAGUUUUUUAUGAAGGAUGACCUGCUGCAGGGCCUGGACAGCUUCUUCUCGCCCUCCGUGGACUUCCGGGCCCUCCCUAGGAACUACCAUGAAGAGGAGCACCAGAAGCGGAAGCUGGGGAACAACACCCUCUCCAGUCACCUCCAGAUCCACAAGGUGACAGACAACAAGACAGGCGACGUGCUGAUCUCGGAAAAGAUGGUGGCGUCUAUAGAGCAAGGAGAUGGCACUGGGGACAGUGACUGGAAGGUCCCCAAGAUAGAGAAGGAGCUGCUGGUGCCGGUGCAGAGGACCGUGGUCCGCCUCCAAGCAAGACCUCGCCCCCGCAUGGCCUUCUGGAUCAUGCGGCUGCCCCAGCGCCGGUUCCGCCAGGACACCCAAGAGGAGGGCCCCUGGCCCAGUGAGAAACGCCAGCGCCUGCAGGCCAUCCGGGAUGGGCUCCUGGAGGAAAGCCGGGAGAACAGUCUGGAAGAGGCGCCCCAGAGAGUCCCCCAGCCCAAGAAGCCUGCUCGCAAGACCCAUUUCCUGUAUAUCCUCAGACCCUUCCAGCAGCUAUGAGAGUCUGAGAACGCAGGACUACCUACCUGCCUGUGUGUCUAGGGCCCACCAGGUGGAAAUAAAAGUGUU